UAGAAGGAGUCACAAGUCAGUACGAGAGUAGCAGGAGAGCAGUAGUGUAGUUGUCAGUGUUCUGGUACAUCUCACUGGCUGGCUCCUUCAACAUGAAGAUAUUAGUUAUACUUCUGAGUGUAUCAGUGACUCUCGCCUCUGCUGCAUGCCGCACAACAGAGUUUCCUUGUGACAAGAACAGAUGUUUGCCUCUAAACUGGAUGUGUGAUGGUGAUCCUGAUUGUACAGACAGUACUGAUGAGCAGCCAGAAAACUGUAAUAAAACCCUUGUUCGGGUAUGUCGUUCUACGGAAUUUAAGUGUGGAAAUGGUAACUGCAUCCCGUCCACUUGGAAGUGCGAUGGCCAGGAUGAUUGUCGUGAUAAUUCUGAUGAAGCCUCCCAAGAAUGUAAUACCUGCUUUGUUGGGGAAUUCCAGUGCUUGAGCAACAAACAGUGUAUUACUGGAAGUUGGAAGUGUAAUGGCCAGGAAGACUGUGCAGAUGGCUCUGAUGAGAGGAACUGUACAUCUGGACAAACUACUACACUUCCUGCUCAUAUGUUCAAAUGUGACUCUGGAAUAAAUAUUCCUUCUCGAUGGGUCUGUGAUGGAGAGGAAGAUUGCCUUGAUGGAUCAGAUGAAAAGGCUUGCAUUAACAGAACAACUGCUGCACGUGAUAAAACCACCCCCAGACCGACCUGCCGUGAUUAUGAAUUUCAGUGUGGCGCAUACUGUAUUUUGAACACACAAGUAUGUGAUGGCAGUGAAGAUUGUCCAAAUGGUGAAGAUGAAGUACAGUCAGUCUGCCCACAGUGCCGUUCUAGUGACUUUACGUGUGAAAAUAAGCAGUGUGUUCUUGGAGUUCUACGCUGUAAUGGCAGAAUUGAUUGUAGGGAUGGGUCUGAUGAAAUAGAUUGUCAACCACCAUCACCUGCGCCUGAGUCAACUAACAUCACAUGUAACUUGACUACUCAUUUCUUGUGCACGAAAAACAAGUGCAUCCCUCGUGAAAGUUUGUGCAAUCAUCGGAAUGACUGCGGUGAUUGGCAGGAUGAAUCUGAGGCAGUGUGUGGACCAAAGGAAUGUGAACGCAACAAUGGAGGCUGUACGCAACUAUGUGUGGAUACUAAAGAGGGCUACUAUUGCCAGUGCCGCAAAGGUUACCGUCUUGUUGGAAAGUACACAUGUGAAGAUAUCGAUGAGUGCUUGGAGAUUCCUGGCAUCUGCUCACAACAGUGCAUUAACACUAUUGGUGGGUACCACUGCUCCUGCCUUCCUGGUUACGAAAGGGACCCAGGCAAUUAUACACGUUGUAAGGCAUCUUCUGGUGAGCCUUACCUCCUGUUCUCCCACAGGUAUGAUAUUCGUAGCCUGCGGCUCAGAGACAGUGACAUGACAUCCGUAGUGAGAGAAGCUCGAGGAGCUACAGCUCUUGACUACUUAUACAUAAGUAAUCAAAUUAUUUGGUCAGAUAAUAAGGAAAACAAAAUCAUAAGAACUAACAUGACCAACCCUGAAGUGCGAGAGGUGCUUGUGGAUGGGGAGAAAGUGUCUGCUGAUGGUCUAGCAGUUGACUGGAUCCACAACCAUAUCUACUACACUGACACCACUAACUUUAGGAUCCAGAUGAUAUCAUGGGAUGCUAAGUGGUCCAAGGCAAUUGUGAAGGAGGAGCUUGGGCAGCCUCGAGCUAUCGUCGUCAGUCCACUUGACGGGUAUAUAUUCUGGACUGACUGGGGCAGUGCACCUAAAGUUGAACGUGCAAGAUUGGAUGGAGGUGACCGUACUGCCAUUGUCACUGCUCCUCAUGUCUACUGGCCAAAUGGUAUUACUAUUGACCAUUCUAAUAAAUGCCUGUACUGGUGUGAUGGCAAACUUAAUACCAUCAGUAAAUCCAACCUUGAUGGAUCACAAAUUGAAGUUAUUUUAUUCUCACCAAAAGUACUUCGUCUGCCUUACUCUAUCACUGUGUUUGAAGAUAGAUUGUAUUGGACUGACUGGUCAAAACUUGCACUCUAUAGCGCUAAUAAAUUUACUGGAGAAGAUAUCCAGAAUGUGUCUGCUGGACAUUUACUGGAGUCACCAAAGGUCGUCCACGUUUAUCACGAGUAUCGGCAGCCCAUUGGAGAUAAUGUGUGUUCAUCUCACAAGUGCAGUCACUUGUGUGUUCGCAGUCCUCAGGGAGAGCCCCUUUGUGUCUGCCCAGAUGGCAUGAUCCUUUCAACUGGAAAUUUUAUCACUUGCAUUUAUGAUGAAGCAGACAUCAACAUAGCCAGUGCCAUAACAUCAUCAGUAUCAGGCAGUUCCAAGUAUGUGGUCCCUCCCAAGACUGAUGAAGACCCUAUCCAGAGUACUCAAGUUGGCUUGAUUCUUGGAGUUACUUUUGGAUCUACUGUGGUGCUGGCAUUGGCUGCUGCACUGUUUGUUGGGUGGUGGAAAGUGCGGCGUGGAGUUAUACGCCACACACGUUUCCCCAAUCCAGUAUAUCGGAAGACAACAGAUGAGGAAAUGGACGGUGGUGGUUAUAUCCUUGGUCAAGAUGACCUGCUCAACCCACGAGAUUAUCAUUACACUGAAGGACCUGAAGUGCCUAUAACAGACGAUGAUGAUGUACCUCUAGCACCAAAAAAGUGAUAAGAAUGGUACAGUUCAUUGGAUUACUCAAAACAACAGGUUACUCAAUGAAGCAGUGAUUGAUAGCAGCUCAUUAUGUCAUAGCUCCAUGUGCUUAUUCAUGGAAUGAGGCCUGUGUACCUGUAUUCUGCUAUGUUCAGUAUUUUAUAGCCAGUCCUUAAGGGAAAGAAGUUUAAGGUGUAUAUAGAUGAGGAAACAUUCUUGUAUGACAACAAAAACACAUUUUUUAGAUGUCUUUUUUUUUAUUAGGCUGAAGUCGAUAAUUUAACUCUAGAAUUCUGAUAUUCCAGUUUGAAAAACAUUGUAAUCAUUGGUUAUCAACAUUGUAAUUUUUGCCUGUAGACUGCCUAAGUCAUGUGCAAAUUACUUUGGGAUGCCAGUGAUUUUUUGGAUAGCACAGUACAGUAUCAGAUUCAUAAAAUAUUUAUUCGUGUUUGUACAUGAAAGAUAUCGUAUGCUCUUUGCUGGAAAUUCUUGUAACACACUUUGUUAGUGGUGUUACAGUUUUGCAUCCAGACAGAAAUUAAAAUUUUUUCUGCAUAAUGUGCAAUAGACCAUUGUGCAUUUUUUUUUUACGAUAAAAUAUUUAAAGGAAUGAGUAACAUGAUUCUCAGUGCACAAAUAAUUUUUUAAAUACAGUAUAUUUAUUUAAUAUUUACAUAUAUAUUUACUAUUAUGUACAGUAUAUGGGAAACAUGUUAUGUUCAAUAUAAGAAAGAAUUUAAAGUUAAUAAUAAUUUAGGGUGUAAGUUUUGGAAAAAAAAAAAAAAGGCCUGUAGCUGAGCAGUGGACGUUUACAUCAAGGAAAGGAAGUUAGAUUUCCAUUCAGCUUUAAACUCGAGUAAGUUUUCAUUUGGUGUGACAAGAUUUUCUUUUUUUAUUAAGUUUGUAAAAAUUCCCAAAGAUUCAUUAAAUUUUUUAACACAAAAGUAAUUACUCCACAAGUGAAUAGAUUAAGAAUAAAUUAAAUAUUUACAUACCAGUAAUUUACCUUCUCUGCUAUGAUGCCACUAAAGAGUAGUUUAUCCAAAAACUUCCAUAUUUGCAUAUGUUGUUGCUGUACUUAUUCCCUUAUAAAUGAAUGGUAACUUCUUAAAUUGAAGAAACCAUUUCAUUUGGUACUGUAUAUGGUAUACCAAUGUGUGUGUGUAGGGGGGGGGGGAAAUAGGAAGGCUUUUGGCAUAGUAAUAUGAUUCUAGCUGAGUAUUUGACCACUGCAGAAUGCAACCUGCAACAACUGGUUAAUGCCGAGGACAGUAUUUACUGCUGGCGGAUGUGGACAGUAGGGUUAAGACUUACCAAUGUGUCUCACCCAACCCAGGAUUCAAACCCUGGAUAUUUUGGUUGUGAAACAACUGCUGACCACUGUGCUACAGGACACUUGAUGAGGUAGAACAGUGAUGGUUAUAGGCUAAAUGGUUCUAUACUAGUUUCUGUCUGUGAUAUAAUUAUACAGUGUAAAUAGUGUAAAUACUGAUUAGUUAUGUUAAGAGUUGCAAGUCUGGUUUGCCGAGAGUUCUUAUUUGUCCUUGACUUGGAGCUCAGGUCAGGCUUUUAGGAAUUAGAAUGAUCACUACCAUGAAAUUUGUAUCUCAUCUUAUUUGUUACUCCCUAAGGUUGAUGUCAGUAAAGCUUCAACAACAUUCACUGGAAGUCUAAUGUACAACAGUUUGUAUAGUGUAGCAUUAAUAUUAAAAGUUUUUAAAAUUAUUUUCACUACUUGAUUUAGAUUCAAAGACUUGUCAAACCUUUUAAUAUUUUAACAAAUCUUUGCUGUAUGACCCUUGUCGAUUUAGCGCUUUAUUUGGUUAUGAUAAUUAAACCAAUCUUAAGAAAUUAUAGACAUCAAAACUAUAGUAUUUUGCCAUACAAAAUUUGCAUAUAAAUGUGCAGUUAUAAUGAAGGAACAGUUUUAUUAAACUAAAUGCAUAGCUUCUAAUUUUUAAGUACAUUUGUUUUAAAGCCUCACUCUUUUAAAUUAAGCAGUUAUGAUUACAUUCAAUCAGUUUAAUAUAGAUACCACUUAUGCUGAAACAUUGUGGGCAAACUUCUAAGUUGCUAUUAUAUAACUACCUAAGAAACCUAUGAAUUAUCAAAGGUAAAGCACAUUGUUGUUCCAUGUUGUGUGUGCAUUUGAUAGCACAUUUUGUAUUGUUGGAAAUUUUGUAUUUAUUUAAAUGGCUAUAUUUUUAUAUUUGUGUGUGUGUGUGUGUGUGUGAUUAUCAGGAAUGAAUGCUUAAAUUGUCCUGAAAGAUAAUUACUAUUUAGAUAUUCCUAGCAUUUGUACAUUGCUCAGGAAUUGUACUGUGGUUCUUGAGAAGUGUUUGUUGCUUGAUAAGAUGAGAUCUCUGCCCCAGACAGUUAGUCAUGCUCAAGCACCAGUGUUUUAACUGAAGCAAGUAGCCAAAUAUUGUAUAUUUACACACUGUUAUUUCAAUGGCAAGACUUCUUUCUUUACUUUAGUAAUAGAAAGAUACAUUUAUAAUAUACAUCACUAAAUAAAAAACUUUUAAUA